UCACUAACUGCAGCAACAAAAAAUAAAAUUAGGGCACAAUAGGCCUGCGUUGCAGUGUUAUGUGCAAGUGCACGAUUGUUUUGUUUUUGCUGAAGCCAUUUAUUUCAAUUUCACUCCGCGCGUGGUCAAUAGAGGGCUCAGUGCGUCCACCAGCGACACACUCGCGAAGAGAAGCGGCGGCGCCGGUGAGCCAAUGGGCGCGCGCCGCUUGCUUUCCUCCUCGCCCCCCUUCCUCCGGCGGCGGCGAAGCCGAGUUGGGCCGCGCGCGCCCGGGAACACGGCAUUCGCUUUCCUGACUCGCUCCGAAGCAGCAGCAACAGCCGAAAUGUCUGGACGUGGCAAGGGCGGCAAGGGGCUCGGCAAGGGUGGCGCCAAGCGUCAUCGCAAGGUCUUGCGUGACAACAUCCAGGGCAUCACCAAGCCUGCCAUCCGUCGUCUCGCUCGCCGUGGUGGUGUCAAGCGCAUCUCUGGCCUGAUCUACGAGGAGACGCGCGGUGUCCUCAAGGUGUUCCUCGAGAACGUGAUCCGGGAUGCCGUCACCUACACUGAGCACGCCAAGCGCAAGACCGUCACAGCCAUGGACGUCGUGUACGCUCUGAAGCGCCAGGGCCGCACCCUCUACGUUUGGACGCUCCCGUCUCCUUCUUCCGCUAUGGCCAGGACAAAGCAAACCGCCCGCAAGAGUACCGGCGGGAAGGCUCCGCGUAAGCAGCUUGCCACCAAGGCUGCUCGCAAGAGUGCACCUGCCACCGGCGGUGUCAAGAAGCCGCAUCGUUAUAGGCCGGGCACCGUGGCCCUGCGUGAAAUCCGUCGUUACCAGAAGUCGACCGAGCUGCUGAUCCGCAAGCUGCCGUUCCAGCGCCUGGUGAGGGAAAUCGCGCAGGACUUCAAGACCGACCUGCGAUUCCAGAGCUCGGCUGUGAUGGCUCUUCAGGAGGCUAGCGAGGCCUACCUGGUCGGUCUCUUCGAGGACACCAACCUGUCAGCAACAGCCGAAAUGUCUGGACGUGGCAAGGGCGGCAAGGGGCUCGGCAAGGGUGGCGCCAAGCGUCAUCGCAAGGUCUUGCGUGACAACAUCCAGGGCAUCACCAAGCCUGCCAUCCGUCGUCUCGCUCGCCGUGGUGGUGUCAAGCGCAUCUCUGGCCUGAUCUACGAGGAGACGCGCGGUGUCCUCAAGGUGUUCCUCGAGAACGUGAUCCGGGAUGCCGUCACCUACACUGAGCACGCCAAGCGCAAGACCGUCACAGCCAUGGACGUCGUGUACGCUCUGAAGCGCCAGGGCCGCACCCUCUACGGUUUCGGAGGCUAA